GCGCGCGCUUGUGAUUUAAACCGGAUGCAGGGCAUCUGUGCUACUUGGGUUAGUGGUUCCUGACAGCGCUUUAUCCUUCAUGUGGAGAUGGGAGGGGUAGUCCUGAGGUUCUGUUUCACUUUGAUGCACCUCCCUCCCCGCAGGAGAGUGUUAACAAUUUUCAUUGUGGUUUUGAGACUUUGUCUGUGAUGCACAGGGAAAGGACACAGGGAAGCUUUGUGAGAACUCAGUUCACAACGCUGUUUGUGAUAGUUAGGCUACUUUGAGAGUUUUUUUUUCUCCCAUCUUCAUCUCUGUUCCUUGGAGAGUUGAAAUUGAAGUCAAGUUGUUCAUAAAGAAUGUAUGAAGCUUCUCAACUCGAAACAGAUUUUUAUCAGAGGAAUGUAGACUGGAAUCUGCAAUGGUUUUCAAAAUCUCAAUGUGAGACCAUCAUGCAGACUUCAGAGACGGGUUCAGACACAGGGUCGACAGUGACUCUACAGACGUCCGUGGCUAGCCAAGCAGCAGUGCCUACACAGGUGGUACAGCAAGUGCCAGUCCAGCAGCAGGUGCAGCAGGUACAGACAGUUCAGCAGGUCCAACAUGUCUACCCAGCUCAGGUGCAGUAUGUGGAAGGAAGUGAUACUGUCUAUACCAAUGGAGCAAUCCGAACAACAACUUAUCCUUAUACAGAAACACAGAUGUACAGCCAAAACACUGGAGGAAAUUACUUUGACACUCAAGGAAGUUCAGCACAGGUGACAACCGUGGUGUCCUCCCACAGUAUGGUGGGUACUGGUGGUAUUCAGAUGGGUGUCACAGGAGGACAGCUCAUCAGCAGCUCCGGAGGAACCUAUCUGAUUGGCAAUUCGAUGGAGAAUUCUGGUCACUCAGUGACACACACAACUCGAGCCUCCCCAGCGACAAUUGAAAUGGCGAUUGAGACGCUGCAAAAGUCUGACGGUCUGUCCACUCACAGAAGCUCUCUUCUCAACAGCCAUCUCCAGUGGCUGUUGGACAAUUAUGAGACAGCAGAAGGGGUGAGCCUUCCAAGAAGCACGCUGUACAAUCACUAUCUUCGACACUGUCAGGAACACAAACUGGACCCAGUCAACGCUGCCUCUUUUGGAAAACUAAUAAGGUCCAUUUUUAUGGGGCUACGGACUAGGAGAUUAGGAACUAGAGGAAACUCCAAGUACCAUUACUAUGGGAUUCGUGUGAAGCCAGAUUCUCCUCUUAACCGUCUACAAGAAGAUAUGCAGUAUAUGGCUAUGAGACAGCAACCCAUGCAGCAGAAGCAAAGGUACAAGCCUAUGCAGAAAGUGGAUGGGGUUGCAGAUGGUUUCACAGGAAGUGGCCAACAGACAGGCACAUCUGUUGAGCAAACUGUAAUUGCCCAAAGUCAACAUCAUCAACAGUUUUUAGAUGCAUCUCGAGCACUUCCAGAGUUUGGAGAAGUUGAAAUCUCUUCUCUGCCAGAUGGCACUACCUUUGAGGAUAUCAAGUCACUGCAGAGUCUUUAUCGAGAGCACUGUGAGGCAAUAUUGGACGUCGUUGUGAAUCUUCAGUUUAGCCUGAUAGAAAAAUUAUGGCAAACAUUCUGGCGCUAUUCUCCCUCUACUCCAACUGACGGCACUACCAUUACUGAAUCAAGCAAUCUGAGUGAAAUAGAAAGUCGACUUCCGAAAGCAAAGCUGAUAACUCUGUGCAAACAUGAGUCUAUCCUGAAAUGGAUGUGUAACUGUGACCAUGGGAUGUACCAGGCUUUGGUGGAGAUUCUCAUCCCCGACGUCCUUAGACCCAUUCCUAGUGCCUUGACCCAAGCCAUUCGAAAUUUUGCAAAAAGCCUUGAAGGUUGGCUUUCAAAUGCCAUGAACAAUAUUCCACAGAGAAUGAUACAAACCAAGGUUGCCGCUGUAAGUGCCUUUGCCCAGACUCUGCGAAGAUACACAUCGCUCAAUCACCUGGCCCAGGCAGCCCGCGCCGUACUUCAGAACACUUCCCAGAUUAACCAGAUGCUCAGCGACCUCAACCGCGUUGACUUUGCCAAUGUCCAGGAGCAGGCUUCCUGGGUGUGCCAGUGUGAUGACAACAUGGUUCAGAGACUAGAAACAGACUUCAAGAUGACGCUUCAGCAGCAGAGCACACUGGAGCAGUGGGCAGCAUGGCUGGACAAUGUGAUGAUGCAGGCGCUGAAGCCCUAUGAAGGAAGACCCAGCUUCCCUAAAGCCGCCAGGCAGUUUCUGCUCAAAUGGUCUUUCUACAGCUCAAUGGUCAUCCGGGACUUAACCCUGCGCAGCGCUGCCAGCUUCGGCUCCUUUCACCUCAUCCGGCUGCUCUAUGAUGAGUACAUGUUCUACCUGGUAGAGCACCGUGUUGCUCAAGCAACGGGAGAGACACCAAUAGCAGUGAUGGGCGAGACAUACCUUGUAGAUGAAAAAUAUACUCCUAUCAUGGAACUCUUUAUAAGCAAACUUCCGAAUUUCGGUGAUUUAAAUGCUGUGUCUCCUGGAAAUCUGGAUAAAGAUGAAGGCAGUGAAGUAGAAAGUGAGAUGGAUGAAGACCUGGAUGAUUCUUCAGAGCCUCAGGCCAAAAGAGAGAAAACAGAGCUGGGCCAGGCCUUCCCAGUGGGCUGCAUGCAGCCGGUCCUGGAGAGUGGUGUGCAGCCCAGCCUCCUGAGCCCCAUCCACAGUGAGCACAUCGUCACGAGUACUCAGACCAUCAGGCAGUGCAGUGCCACAGGCAACACCUACACAGCAGUCUAACAGCAGGAAAACAGUUUUCCAGCUUCUUUAACUCCACUGAUACUGGGCUUCAGCUGAACAUUUAAGAAGCCUGAAGGUUGACUGUUGUCAAAAGUCUAUCUGUGCUGAACAUUACCUUUUUGGAGUUGUGAAAUGGAAUGGGUGUAUGUAUUUUUCCAGGUCUUUUUUUUUUUAACACAAAUUAUUUGCCUUUUAAUAAUAAGGGUUUCUCCCCUGCUCCCCUUAGUUUCAGGUGUCAAGAAGGAUUUUUACAACACGUAAUGUCAUUGUUUUUGUUUUCUCAUAAUUAAAAAGUAAUUUACAUUUUGUAGCUUAAAAUAUUUUAUUGUUGAUUGUUAGUCUUGGUGUAUGAUUUUAUGUGUAAGUUUUUUAAUUAGAUGCACUUCUGUGAAAUAUCAAAAGAAAUGAAUUUCUUUGAUUUACACUGGAGGCAUGCCCAUUUGGCAGCAGAUGCAUCAAAUUUGCUUCUGAAAGGUGCUUUUCAUUGGACAGAACCAUAAGACACUAUUUUGAUAACAUUUUGGAGUACAGAGAGAAUACAGAGCAUUUUUAUUAUAGUGCUAGAGGGUUGGGAAGGUCAUCUAUUUUUCUCUGAAAAAAAUUGAGCUGUGCAUUUAUCAGUUCAGGGUAAAUGACAGAAUGGCAAGAGAUUAUGCUAAUAUGUACAUAAUUUGUGUACAUAACUAUUACACCAUGUUAACAAUGCAAGCUUCCGUUAGGCAUUGACUUUUAACUCUUAUUUGCAUACCAGUUCCUCUGUUUAAAGACUACUGAUUCUGUAUUGGGACCACUGCACAGAUGCAUUCUGCUCUUAAGUGGGGCUGUUAUAGUUAGAUACUGAAGCUGAAAAAUGACUUGACUUUUUUUUUUAAGUGUACAUGCUACUUAUACUGAGCUGGACAUACAGGAAACCAUUCCAUUUGGAUGACUUUCUUUUAUUCCAGGUCUUUUUUCUAAUAGUAGUUCAAUAUGCUGCUAUUAUAAAAGAAAAUGUAUAGAAUGCAAGGAAUGUAGCGACCUGCAUAUUGUUAUUUCCUGGUUUCUAAAGUACAUGGAUUUCAAUUUUACACAGAACCUGAAGGCAGUGUGACUGGCACACCUCACUGUUGCUGACCCCGAUUCUAUAGGAUUUGGAUAGGUGGCUGGAUGGACCAUUGCCAUUGAAGAAUGUACAUCAGGGAUCAUCGUACCUCGGCUAUUACAUGGUGCCUUAAAACAGAACUGAGCUAAGGUUUAGUAAGGUUUAUUUUGUUCGUGUGAAUAACUCUUCAAUCCAUUUGGUAAAGUGUGCCUGUCGUGCUCAGAUUCCUGAAGUAAGGACAGGUCACAUGUUCUUCAAGGGGAAUUUAGGGGGAAAUGAAGCAAAACAAAGAGACAAAAACUUCAGUUUCUCUCUGAGUGGCUGUGAGAGGACUUGUCUAUGUUUUAUCCUUGGAGCUGAAUAUCACUUGAUUAUAAAUCAGAUUGCUAAGGGUGUGGACUAACAGGCUAGUUUUCAUACAAACAUUUUACAUGAAGAUCGUACGUUGUAGACCAUUCUUAUCUAGUUACAAUUCUGGAAAGCUAACAAAAAAAGCAGGUACUUAUUGAAGUGCAUCUUUUCAGUCUAAAUGUCUGUCUGUGUGUCGGGUGUCUCUGUAUAAACACACACACAA